CGUCGGGUUGUGCUUACGGUAGAGGAAAAUUCAAAUGUACUGGGCUUUUCACAAAGCACCAAUACCAGUGGCCGAGUGCUCCUGCGCCAGGGACAAUACAACAAAUAAACACAAUAAAUACAACACAGAGAAAGUGGGUCCAGAAGCCCACAAUUCCGGCAAAGGAUAACUUUUUCGCGUCUCGCGUUUCUUAUUAAAAAAUCCUUUUCGCGCUCAGCUUCUUGACCAGCAUGAAAAGUUGAGAAUUUUGUACUUUUCGCAGGUUUUGGUAUUUUUGCCGGUACUGGGCUGCAAACAAAGUAAAAGUUACAGGGAAAGUUAUUGUGCAACGUGUGGCAAGUGCGGCAAACAAAAAAGAGCGAGUGCAACGGCAAGUUUAAUUCGAUUUUAGUGUGUAACAAUCAGUGAGAAAAAACAUCAGGAGCAGCCAGUCUUACCUGACUGCGUUUAGGUGCUUUGUGUGUGCGAUUUGUGUGGAAACAGCAGGAGAAUUGUUAAAGUGGAUUAGCAGACAGCUCCCCUCUUCCACACCGCUCCUGGAUUUUUUAUUGGAUGAGCGUGUCAAAUCUUUCAACUUCUGCUUGCCCAUGAAAUCAUGAUUACGAGAAAAUGCAGAUAAAAAUGUCGGCGAACAUUCACUGGAAGUCUCAGCAAAUUUGGGCAGCUUUGUUUGUGACCACUCUCUGCCUGUUGGAUACACGGGCCGCCUGGGCGAAGAAGCUGAAUGCGAGUCAAGCAUUCGACGACACAUGGAACACGGCAUCCGACCUAGAAAAUGAACUGGAGCAACAGAAGCGGGCGAAGGGCCAGAACGCAGGAGGCGGAGGCGGAGGAGGAGGAGGUGGACCUGGUCAGUGGUCGUCCUGGUCGGACUGGUCGACCUGCUCGCGCACCUGCGACGGGGGCAUCAUGCAACAGAUGCGGAGGUGCGGCAACCCUGGCAGCUGCCGCGGCGAGAGCGCCCGCUAUCGCAUCUGCAACAUGCAGCCAUGUCCGGAGCAGCAGGACUUCCGCUCCAGCCAGUGCGCCGCCUACAACGACGUCCCCUACGACGGCACCCUGUACAAGUGGACCCCCCACUACGACUACGUGGAGCCCUGCGCCCUCACUUGCAGGGGCCAUCCGGCGCAUCUCGUCGAGGACAUUUCCCGGGAGACGGGAGGCGGGAACCCGGAGGAGGCGGAGCACUACGACGAGCAGAGCGUCAUCGUGCAGCUGUCGGCGAGGGUCCAGGACGGCACCCGCUGUCGCUCCGGCAGCCUGGACAUGUGCAUCCAAGGAAAAUGUCAGCGCGUUGGCUGCGACUUGAAAAUCGGCUCGACGAAGAAAAUCGACGGCUGCGGCGUUUGUGGCGGCGAUGGAAACUCCUGCUCCCAGCCGCUCUACUACUGGGAGAUGGCGCCGAUGUCGCAGUGCUCUGCCACCUGCGGCGGCGGUUACAAAAUGUCCCGUCCGAUGUGCAGGAACCGUCUAACCAACGCCGAUGUCGAUGAUACGCUCUGCAGCCUUACUAAUCGCCCGGAGGCGUCGGUGGAGCAGUGCAACACACACAGCUGUCCGCCGCGCUGGAUAACCGACGACUGGAGCACUUGCAGCCGGCUCUGUGGCCACGGCUACCGGGAGCGGAUGGUCGUCUGCGCGGAGGAGUCGAACGCCAUCAAGACGCGGGUUGCAGACAUCAUGUGCCGCACUCCCAAGCCGCCAACACAAGAGACCUGCAUUAUCGAGGAGUGUCCGCAUUGGGAGGUCGAGGACUGGACCGGCUGCUCGGUUUCCUGCGGACAGGGGAUACAGAUGCGAGGCGUCGAAUGCAAAUCGACGGACGGCAGCCUGAGUGCCAAGUGCGAUCCGCUGACGAAGCCCGGCAGCAUGCAGCAGUGCUCCACGGGCAUCAACUGCGGCGGGGGCAGCGGAUCGGCGAACCAGGGCGGCGGCACCAUCAUCGUGGGCAGCAGCCGCUCGCUGAACGAGCGGUCGGAGCGGCAGAUGGACAGCUCGGAUGCGGACGACGACGACGACGACGAGGACGUGGACGACGAGGCGGACGACAUCGAUGACCUCGAGUCGGGCCAGGACACCGACGACGGCGAGGGCCUCUCCUACGCCGACCAGCCCUCCCGCUACUCCCUCCGCACGCAGAGUCGCCUCCUCCAGGAAGCUCCGGAUGAGCCGCGCACCCUGCGGCUGAUGAGCGGCAGCUCGAACAACAACUACAACCGCGGAGGAGGAGGAGGAGGAGCGGAGGCGCCCUCAUUGGAUCCCACCUACAUCAAGGACUCGGAGUGGUCGCCCUGCAGCGUGACCUGCGGCGAGGGCAUCCGGCGGCGGGCGUUCAACUGCAAGAUCUUCCUCGAGUACUCCCGCACGGUGGCCACGGUGAACGACUCGCUCUGCGAGGGGAAGAGGCCGCACGACGAGGUGGAGCGCUGCGUGGAGGAGCCGUGCAUGCUGCCCUCGCACAGCUUCGACGACCAGUUCCCGCGCGACUCCAUCAAGGUGGGCGUCUCGGAGCCGGGCAAGACGUACGUGUGGCGGGAGCAGGGCUACACCUCCUGCAGCGCCUCCUGCCUCGGCGGGGUGGAGGAGCUGAUCAUCAACUGCGUGCGCGAGGACAACGGGCGCGUGGUGUCGCCCUUCCUCUGCUCACCGGAGACGAAGCCGGAGGCGCGGGUGCGCACCUGCAACGACCGGCCCUGCCCGCCCAGGUGGAACUACUCGGACUACACGCCCUGCUCGAAGAGCUGCGGCAUCGGGAUCAAGACCCGCGAGGUGCAGUGCAUCCACGAGGUGACCCGCGGCGGCGACAACACCAUGGUGGUGCCGAACAGCAUGUGCCCCCAGCCGCCGCCGGCGGACCGGCAGUACUGCAACGUGCUCGACUGCCCCGUCCGCUGGGAGGUGGGCGAGUGGGCCAAGUGCUCGCACACCUGCGGCUACGGGUUCAAGGAGCGCAAGGUCGAGUGCAAGCAGAUCAUGGCCCAGGAGCACAAGAUCGAGCGCCCGGAGUCGAUGUGCCCCAGCGCCAAGCCGGCGGACAAGAAGCCCUGCAACGUGAAGCCCUGUCCGCCGGAGGACCCCAAGCCGGUCAUCCAGGUGAGCAACUCGACGCACAUCCAGCACGACCCCAAGAAGACCAAGAUCACCCUCAAGGUGGGCGGCGCCGGGGUGGUCUUCUUCGGCACCCAGGUGAAGAUCAAGUGCCCCGUGAAGCGCUACAACCGCACCAAGAUCAAGUGGAGCAAGGACCACAAGCCGCUGCAGCGGUCGCGCAAGUUCAAGGUGUCCAAGAAGGGCGCCCUCCGCAUCCUGGACAUCACCUUCCGCGACGCCGGCGUCUACUCCUGCCACGCGGGACUCAGCUCCGCGGAGAUCGCCAUCGAGGUGAAGGCCAAGCCGGGCCAGCACGCCGAGGAGCUGGAGCGCCAGGAGGCAGAUCGCUUGGUGCGUGAGCGAAGCGGCACGGAAGCACUCACCUCGGCGGACAUGACGUCGGCGGGAGCGCCGGGAGCGGGAGGAGGAGCGGGAACUGAUGGCCCGACUAAUGGGUCCACGCAGCAGCAGGGCAACCGGAGGAGGCAGCAGCAGUCCGAGCGCCUGCAGAACGGCAGGGAGCGGAACCGGAGGCCCAAGUCGGACGGAGUGCAGCACGCGGACAGCAGCAUCAUGGAGGACGAUCAGUCGCAAUUAGUGCAAUCGGAGGACAGGGUUCCGCAGCCGGCCAGCGCCAGCAGCGGAGGCAGUCGCACCAGGACCCUGCUGGCCAUGCCCUACUUCCAGGCGCUGCUGAGCAACCUCCAGUUUCUAUGGCCGCUGCAGCGAUUCAAGGACUCGCGUGGCCAGCACUUGCUCCACGGCGAGGCGCUCAAGUACGGCGUCGAUUUGGAGGGCGGGCACUUCGAGCAGGACGAACCGGUGCGUGCCACGACCAAGGAGCUGCACUCCGAGGCAGGACCCAUUCGCACCGACUCCCCUUCCAAUCCAGAAUCCAAGGGAAAGGGGGAUGCAGAAGGAGAAACAGAUGCGGAGGCGAAGGCGAAGGACGUUCCGCCACACAUGCCACACGCCCGGUGGGAAACUGCAGUGGCAACCACCACGACGGCGGUCUCGGUUCCAGCUGGGAGCCUCGAGAGCGGCGGCUUCCUCUUCAAGUGGGUGGUGGGCGAGUGGUCCAGGUGCUCGCAGGAGUGCGGGGCAGCUGGCAGCGGCUUGCAGCGGCGCUCGGUGAACUGCCAGAAAGCGGCAAAGAGCGGCGGUGGCGACUCCAAUGCCGACAACGAAAACGACGUCGUGGAUAAUUCAGAGUGCACCGCCCACGGCCUGGAGCUGCCCGACUCGUUCCGGAGCUGCGGCAACGAGCCCUGUCCGCAGUGGAGCAAGGCCGAGUGGAGCUCCUGCCAGCGGUCCCGCUGCCACGGGAGGAACACGGCCGUGCAGCGCCGCGAGGUGUCCUGCCGCUACGAUAACGGGACCCUGGGCAGCGCCUGCGACGAGUUCGAGCGGCCGGCGACGCGGCAGGACUGCUACAACGAGCGCUGCAAGGGCGUGUGGCGCGUGGAGCCCUGGUCCGAGUGCAAUGCGCCCUGCGGCCGUCAGGGCAUCAAGUACCGCAUCCUGCAGUGCGUCUGGUACGGCAGUCGCCGGCCAGCGGGCAACGUGUGCAAGCACCAGCCACGCCCCCCGGUCAUGAAGGUCUGCAAGAGCCCGCCCUGCCAGGCCAAGAUGUCGUCCUCGUCCUCGUCCUCGUCCGCUCUGCACUGCCGCGACUCGUCGCGCUACUGCCGCAACGCCCGCGCCAUGGGGCUGUGCCGCCUGCACCGCUACAAGGAGAAGUGCUGCGGAUCCUGCCAGCAGACGCAGCUGCAGUCCAACCAAUAUAUAUUCCAUUAGCUCCACUGCGGCCUACCGAACGAAGGAGAGGUCUACGAAUUCUGCAAGCAGUUACUCUAAGUACCGUAACUCUAACGACUAUAGCAAGAUAUAAAGUAAAACUUAUCCAUAUGUAUGUAUUGCCAGGCACACCACACUCACGCGAACUCAUAUUGUUUUCGGUCGAGGCAGACACUAGUUAGAUAUAUUCGUUCGAUCACGGGAGAAGGCAUAAGUAUUGUUAGAUCUGUCCUAGACACGUUCCCUCUGGCCAAUCAACUGAUUUGGUCGUGUGAGCAGGUCAAUCGCAGCAGCUUUGCUUUAAGCAAUUAAAACCUUUAAACUUUAAUGACCUGAAGCACUACUAACUUCAGCACGCGACAACUGAUGACUAGGUUGAAUUUUCACUACGCCUCAAAAUAUUCAAACGCAAUGCAUGUUACACAAUCUUGAGUCAAAAACAAAAACAUAAAAAUAUGGUAAAAGAGUUAGGGGUAAGCUCACCUAGCGAAUAAUGGAAGUUUAAGUUUAGGAGCGUAAGAAAUGCGCAUGAUUCGAUUUACUGCUGACUCAAAUGGCCCACAAAAAGUAGUUGAAAUGUUUUAGCAAAUAUCUCCGACUAGCCAUUAAACAUACAUUUAUCAGCUGAAACCACAAAGCCUACGAUUAUUAUAACAAAUCCGCACUGUUACCUAAUGUGAACAAAAAAGAAUAUUACCAUGUACAUAUAGCAAAGAGAAGGAGGUAACCUUAUCGAGACGCACCUUUGACUAUUCCAUCGUCAGUUUAUAGCACUGAACUUGCUUUCGUUUUGCAUUUAUCAAUCUACCACUAAGGAUAUUGUAAAUAAUUCGAAUUCGACACGAAAUCAACACUUCAUUUAAAGGCCAACCAUGUAAUUUAGUGGAGGAAGAGCUAUGUGGAGUGAAUAUGUACGCCUAUUUGUAAUUAGUUUUUUAUGAACAAAUUGUUUUAUAAACAUUAACAUAAAUUUAAACGAUAAAUAAAUAUUGCGGCGUAUUAGCUGCUUACUAUAGUUUAAAUAUAUGCAUUGGAAAACACAACGCAGAAGAAAAGCGUAAAUAAAUAUGUGAGCUGUUAAGUGAAAGUUAUUAAUAACAAACCCAUAAAUGCAACCGUAACCAAUGUUGAACACACACCGACACUAACAGACAUGUUAACACUCCAACGGGGCUAGCCGAGUUGAGCAGAAAAUUGACAUACAUAUGCUAUAUGAUUAUUAAGUAAUUUUUCAAAAAAAAAAAACUAAACUGAAAACUAAAAAAAGAACCAUUUUUUUGAAAAAUUAAAUUAUUUAAUUAAUAAUGAUUUUGUGGCAUCUCUGACAUUGGUUUUUUAUGUGGAAAAGGCGUUCAUGCGCAACUCGGAUGUUUUUGUUUUUUUUUUACCAUAAUCGGUUUUCUGCUCAACUCGGACGUUAAUUUUUUAUGUGCAAAAAUCGUUUCUGCUCAACUCGGACGUUCAUUUUUUAUGUCCAAAAAUCGUUUCUGCUCAACUCGGAAUUUUUUUUUUUACCGUAAUCGGCUUUCUGCUCAACUCGGUAUCGCCCACUCCAACGCAUCCCCAUAAACACAUACGCUCCGAACCCAUAAUACAGCAAACGAUAUGAACAACUGCGAACUAAUGUAAGAAUUUAAAAGAAAUGUGGAAUAAAUAUUAAAUACUGACAGA